AUGUCCACUUGGGUAUACCCCCCUAUACCUCCCGAUGAGCUCAGAAAGGCAGAGGAAGAGUCUUUGAAGCUUGAGCUUCAAUGGCUUCUCCAAGCCUUGCAACACUCUUUGGUGGCUCUGAAAGAAGGUCUCGAGGAAUGUGAUGCCCUUCUCGCCCCUAAAGAACCAGGCUCGACCUUGGUUUUGUCCUCUCUACGAUCCGAGAAUGUCAAGGGCUUUGUCACAAGAAUCGGCACAAAGCUUGUCAAAGGAGAUAUUCACCUACGACUGACUACGCUACCUCCCAAUACUCCUAGAGGUACUACGACAUCCACCCCAUCAACCCGCCAUCUCUUCCACUCGUCUUCUACCUCUUCUGAAAUUCUCCUGCCACAAUUGUCCACAGUCAAGGCCUUGAUCAAUGACUCUCUCGAUGUCAUUGAUGUUUCUCGCUGGACUGGCCAGUCCACCGAUUCAUCCUUUAUGACCGGCCAGCUCAAGCUCCUUCAUGACCACCUCCGCGAAGCGAAGACUUGUUUGAAAGGUCCUGUUAAUGGCACAGAUUUGGAUUCCAUCCCAGGGGCACAAUGGUGGCUCCAUAGUUCAGACGAAAAUAUCUUUCAACCUCCACUGGGUGAUUAUCUUAGUAUGCAUUUCACCAUUCAAGAUGCCAACCUCGUUCUCACCGUCCGUACACUUGCUCCGGCCUCUCCAGGUGGCACCCCAAGUACUCCGCUGGACUCGGCCUUCUCGCUUUCGGGGUUCAGUCUACGGUCGAAACUAUUGGGUCUCGGUCCACGACCACCAACCCACGAUGAAAUCGGAGAAGUAUUCGAAUGGCAUGGCAAACAAGAUGUCAUUGUCCGUGAAAAGGUCCGCGUCGAGAGCAGUGAUCCUAGUCUGCUGAGUCUGGCCGCGAAAUUGAGUGCUCUUGAGCAUGAAGUUGCUCGGUGGCGUCUGAACCUGAGGAUUAUCCUGACAGGUAAUGUCGAAGAGGAUUGA